GUCAGUUUGUACUGCCAAAUACAAAUAUUGAGUUAUAUUCCACCUCAGGCAAGAAAUCGUAUAUGAAUUAACAAUAUUUGCCUUCAUUGGCUUGUUUUGGUUUGAUAUUAAAUUUAAGACAUUUGAAAGUGGAUGGUUGAAUCUACGAUGAAGAGGAUGAUUGGAAAGAGCAUCAACAGGACAGAGGGUGAUAUGGAGCAGGAGGACAGACGCCCCCUCACCAACCAAGGGGAAGAUGAGGAGGAGGAGGAGAAGGGGGAGGGAGAACGGAAGGAUUAUCAGUCCAGAAGAGUAGUCCAGGAGACAAGAAAGAAGAAGAGUGGUGACAACUGUUCGUCGUCGUCCUCCUCUUCCAUUCCCAACAUAACCAACAGUGAGUUCCCCAACCCCCUUCCCCACAAUUACGGCAGCAUACACACCCCCUCCUCCUCCCGGCCACUGACGACGACAACGGGGCCGGGUGUCGACUUGGAUGGGGGCACAUCGGGUGCCAAUGGGAAUACAAUGGGGGAAGAAAGGAGAGGAAGAUCGAACAGUGACAGCAGACUGAGACCCUCUCACAGUCAGACGGGGACGGCGGGACAGAGUGUGGAUAGGGACUACUGUCACUUGUUCAGCGGCGGCGGCGGCAGAAGAGGGGCAGAGGAAGGAGGAGGGAGCAGCAGUGUGUACAAGCGGAUGCGAAGCAACGAGGGACGCUCCAUGUCAUUCACUCGGGCAACAUCCGAGGGCAUUGGGGCGCGACAAGACAGCACUGGCCAUCUCACGUGCAGUCCAGCCGUGUCCCUGAGCAGUGCUUCCAAGACUGCUUCCAAACUGAAGAUGCCGACCAACAUGCACUUCCACAGCAGGGAUUUGAGGAAGGAGUUGGACAUGUUCAGCACACAGAUGCUCAGUCGCAGUGGCACUUUAUCAGGGAGACAGAGGAGCAGUAGCAGUGGCAAUGGGAGUGGCACUAGUAGCUGUAGUGGGACUUCGAGGAGUGAGGGGGAGACUUCAUUCAGCAAUGAGGGCAGCAGCCACUACCUCAACACAUUCAACGAGGCAGAGUGGGAUUCGUUCGUGGACAAGAUCAGACAUGUGUUGCGUCUCCACUUCCUCACCCCCUGGCAGAAGUGGAGUGUGAGGGGACUGCUGCCCCUCAGGGCCACCAUCCAACUCAUAUCAGUCAUCAUAUUCUCCAUACAGUUGGUGUUGUAUGCGAGCUACCAACAGGAGUACCAGCUGUUCAUGGAUGAAAACAGUGAAAGUAUGCAGCACCUGUUCCUCAUGGACUGGGACGAAGACUACACGAACCCAGACCACAAGACACCCUUUCCCUACUCCGUAUACAGACCACAACAGAUCUCCCAGUACAUCCAGUUCGCGGUGGACGAAUACUUCAACUUGGACCCGAAGGCCAUUGGAAACUGGACCUUCUGCAACGUGUCCGACCCAGACCAGGUGAGCAGUGAGCCAAUCAACAUGGAGCUGUGCAUCUUCCAGAACAAGUUUAACGACAACAACUCCACCUCACGCACAGUCGAGAUAGAGAUAGAUCCCCACAAGACAUGCGGCCUCAUCUCCUACCCACCUUCCGUGAACACUCCGGACUUCAAUCUGACACAGUUCCUGGAGGAGGAGUUCGGAGACUACCACCUAGAUCAGAAUCUGGCUCUGUUCCAGUCCAUCCAGCUCAGGUUCUUCCUCCUCAACCAACACUUUGGGGCACUCAACGUAUUCUUCGAGCCCAAUUGCUACCGUUUCCAGAACACAAUUGUGAUUGACAACGAGUACCACACAGGACAGGACCCGGUGUCCAUGGACAUCCAGAGCGAGACCCUCUCCUGUGCGGACAACAGCAACAUCCCAGUCUACUACUUGGACAACAACGGAGUGGAGUACGUGUAUGUGAUAGCCAGUGGCUGUCUGGACACCAUUGCUAUGGCCUGGUCUAUAUUACUCUUACUCAGCACCUUCAAGUCUGCUCGGCGCAAGUGGAUUCUCGGAACGAUUGUGCGCAAAUUCUGGCUGGUGCACAAGCAGAAGAAGCUCAACAUGCACGACCAGCUGGAGUUUGUGGACUUCUGGAACGGGCUGACGAUCGUGUCUUGCUGUGCAGAAGUGGUUGGAUCUCUAAUCAAACUCUUCAUCACCACAGAACUCAUCAAAUCCGGCUAUAGCGAGUGCUCCAUGUUCCUGGGCCUGGCCGUCAUGCUCAGCUACAUCGCAGUGCUUCAAAACUUCACUUACAGCUCCAAAUUCAAUAUUCUGAUUCUGGCUCUCAAGAUAGCCACCCCUCCUCUCAUGCGCUUCGGGGUCUGCAUCAUCGUCUUCUCCAUAGGCAACUCUCUCUUCGCCUGGAUUGUAUUUGGAGGCUAUCACUACAAGUUUGAGACCUAUGAACGCACAGUGCAGACCAUGUUCUCACUUACUAAUGGAGACGACAUUUUCAACACGUUCUCAGAAAUGCAUCGCAACAACAACAGAGGAGUCUUCGUCAUAAGCCAGUUGUGGAUCACUCUAUUCACAACUCUCUACAUUUGCUUCAUCGUCGGACUCAUCAUCGCGAUUGUCUCCGAAACCUACCAUGAGCUGGUGUCUGGGAUGCACAAGAACAGGAGUGAAAUCGAAUUGUUCAUGAACGAGAAAAACUCAACGGAGUCUGAUUACUUCGAAAAAACCACAACACGAAUGGGUUGCCGAGAAGCAUUCUGGAGAUUCAUUAGAUGCCAGCAACCCGGGAUUGACUUCGAUCGAAUGAAGAUAACUUUCGAAAAAUAACGACUCCAGAUUGAGAGAAUGGAAAAGAUGAUAAAAAAUGAGCAAAAAUUUUCACUCAAUAUACACAGGUAUUUUCUGAUCUAUAGGCUUCUCAGCCUCUGUCGAUCUGCUUCUUCUGUGGACGACCUAAUGUUAUGAUCAUAUUACAAAAUUACAUGUGAAUCUGAUGAUUUAUAUAUAUAAUGACAAGUUUUAUUUUGAA